GAGACAGAAAGAAUGAAUUCGACAUAUAGUAUAACACAACAAAUCGCGCGCGUUAUAUCUGUCUGCGUAUCGUAAUAUCGUUCGUUUUGGUCGUUGGCUGUCAACGUUUUGUUCUCUCCUCGACAUAUAUCAGUUCUUCGUUUUGCUUCUAUUUAUUUACUCAUAUAUACAUAAAUAAUAUAAGUUCUCUCAAUAUUGCGCUCUCCCGACUGUGUUUGACUUUUUUCCGCGGUUACAUUUCGAUUAGUUGAUAAAUUUACGUUCCAGUAGGUGCCAUUGAGUGUAUUCGCGUGUUUCUAAAGUUAUUGUUGUUUUUUUUUGCUUUGACUUCCGUGGCUCGACUGUUUGUAUUUUAUUUUCGUGUUUCAAAUUUUGUAGGAACAGAAAAGAACAGACAAGAGGAAUGAAAUAAACAAUUUAAAGUGAGAGACACAGUGAAGAAACACAUCGAUUGGAAACAUUGGCAAAACCAUUUCAUUAUUUUUUUGCUCUUCCACGUUCCAUACCGAAAAUCCGUGUUAGAUGACAACAUAUCACAUGAAAUUAAUGCUGAUUCAUUUUUUGAAGCGAUUGAGUUGAACUUCGAUAAUUGUCUUCAAAUUUAUUGUGAUUUAUUAUAUCAAAAAGCGUCGUAUUGUGUGCACAUGACAUUCAGUUUAAAAGAAUUCUGAAUGCAUACAUUUCUGCACAAUAUUUCGACAAUUUUGUUCACACCACCGAAACACACCACAUGGAUUUCAUUGUGAUCAUUUGAAUGGAGAGUUCUUUUAUUUCCAUCUCUUGCAUUGAUCUGGUAACUAGCCGAGAUUGAGCAGGUGAUAUAAUUCAUAUCAACUGGAAACGAUCGGAUAUACAACCAACAACCACUUUCAUCACCAAUUUCCACAUCAAUCACACUCAAAAUGAGACCAAGAAUCGAAGACUCCAUCGGUGACGAUGCUAUGGAAGACUGCGGUUUUCUUAAGUUCACCGACGAUACACUCAAAGUAUCUUUUCUACAGACGCUCAAUACAAUGCGCAAGCAUCGGUUAUUCUGCGAUGUUGUGCUUAAUGUCGACAACACCGACAUUCAUGCUCACAGAAAUGUGCUCGCCUGUGUUUCACCCCAUUUAAUGGAAUUGUUCUCUGCUGAGGAGGUCACUCAAAAUGGACGUAAUGAUGGCAUACCGAGCUAUCGAUUAAAUGGCUAUCUCACAAAAAUUGCGCUGGAAAUUUUGGUCGAGUACGCAUAUACAGCACAACUAGAAGUGCCCGAUGCAUUGGUAAAAGAUGUUUAUUUGGCCGCUUGGCAAUUGAAAAUUGAUAAAGUUGUUAGCGAAUGUGCGCGACAUUUGAUUGAUGAACUGUCAGCCGAUUCGUGUAUUGACAUUCGUUCAUUGCCUGGCAUUAGCAAAAACAAACAAUUUGUACUUGCUGUCGAUGACUUCAUAUUGAGAGAGUUUGAAAAUGUGUCAAAAAUGAGCGCCGCCUUUUUACAAUUGUCAUGCAUUACGAUCGAUGUAUUGUACAAAACAAAACAGGAUAUGUCUGUGGUUGCCCAUCAAUCGUUGUGCCGUUUGGUGCUCGAUUGGAUAAAGCGUCAAGUGUGCGAGGAAAAUGUUGGCAUGAUACAAUUGCUUGAGCGUUCGCAUCUGCUCUAUUUGGCGUUGGAUAAUUCGUUGCAAGAUUGUUCAAAUUUACCGCCCGGUCAUGAGUCCGAAUCCGAUUUGGUGCAAGAUUAUAAGCGUCUCGUAUUGAAAUGUCCAAAUAAUACAAAUCGUCGCCGUAAACAAAUGGGCGUACCAGUACGACCACGCGUACUCAUUUAUUCACGUGAUAUUGGCCAACGCGACGAUGAACAAAAUCAAAUUGAACCCGAUUGGAAUUUAUUGGGUUCAACAAAGGUGGCGGAAAAUACAUUUUUAUCAUUGGUAACCAUAAAUGGUGCGUUAACCAGAGUUUCAGUUCAGCUACGAUUAAAUUUACCGCCAACAACACCAUCACCAGUUCAUGCACCCGAAAGUGCUGGCAUCUCAAUUCAAUCACAACUCAGUCAAAGCAACACCAGCUCAAAUGGAAGCAUCAACGGUGACAUUGAAACAAAUCAAGAACCAGAACUUUUCUGCGAAGUUGCCACAAUGUCCGGACCAAAAUGUGGCCUUGGUGUUGCUGAAUUAAAUGGAAAAUUAUUGGUUUGUGGUGGUUACGAUCGUGGUGAAUGCUUACGAAGUGUUGAGUCCUAUGAUCCAGAAAUGAAUGAAUGGAGCAAUGAAACUAAGAUGAGUGAGGCACGGGGUCGUUUCCAGGUUACUGUUUUGGAUAAUGUUGUUUAUGCCAUUGGUGGAAGUAAUGGUACAACUGAAUUAGAUACAGUUGAACGAUUGGAACCGAACGAGAAGAAAUGGCGAAAAUGUUGUAAAUUGCCAUUGGCUCGCAGUAAUGCUGGUGUUUGUUCAUUAAAUGAUAAUAUAUACUGUAUUGGCGGCUGGAAUGGUCAAAUUGGUAUCAAACAAUGUGAUGUAUAUCGUUUGAACGAAGAUAAAUGGGCAUCAAUUUCACCACUAAAUACUGGUCGCUAUCAAGCUGGCGUUACGGUGGCACAGCAAAAGAUUUGGGUGGCGGGCGGUAGUGAUGCAUGGGCAUGUUUAAAUUCGGUUGAAACCUAUGAUCCAGAAACUGAUAUAUGGACAUUUGCACCACCAUUAUUAACACCACGUCGUGGUUGCGGUUUGGCCGAAUUCAAUGGAAAAUUGUAUGCCGUUGGCGGCAGUGAUGGUACACAUUCUUUGAGCACGACUGAGAUAUUCGAUGAAAUAAAUAAAGUAUGGACGCAGGGACCAAGCCUAACAUCGCCACGGGCCAAUGUAUCAGUGGUUGAAGUGGCUGGCAAACUUUAUGCCAUUGGUGGUUUUUCCGGUAAAUGCUUCCUAAAUACUGUCGAAUAUUUAGAUGGAAACACAAACGAAUGGACAACAUUCGUAAAUGUUGACAUUAUUUCACAAAAUAAACAUUCGAAUGGCACACAACAGCUUGAAAUACAAUUACAAAAGCUAUUGCUGAAAAAUGAACAUUUAAGCAGUGAAUAUUCCAAUACAAAUGGCUGCCAUCAUCCGAAUGGUGCAAGCCAAUUACAUUCAGAAUCCGAAUCAGAAUCAAAAUCACACCAACAACAAUCAAGUGAUGAGCAAAUCAACAACGAAGCCAUCAACAGUUAAUUGCGCAUUGUUAUUCGAUCAGAUUGGAAAAUCAAACAAAAUCAAAGAGUUAAACAAAACCUAAGAAGACAAAAUAAAUAACAAUGAUGAUGAAUCGAUCUACAUACAAAAAAAAAUUUACAAAAUAACAAAAGCUGCAAAUAAUGAUGUUCAAUUUAUUUAAAAAAAAAAACAAACACAACAAAAUGAGCGAAAUGCGAAUUCGAGCUGAUAAAAAUUUAUUAAUAUUUGAAACUUUUAUUGUAUACAUAGCCCGAGAUAAUGUCAUCCCUUUUUUCCCUUUUUAAAAGUUUAUAUAUACACACAAAACAUUAGUCACGUAUUUGUAUACAAAGAAAACAAAAUGAUAACAUUUAAAAAAUGAAACUUUAUCAAGAACAAUGGCGAUAACUCAUUAAAAAAUACACUAUUUCAUAAUAAAAAAAACAACAAUGUGCAUUUUGA